CACUGCGGCAUAACUGAGCUUUUCCGACCGCCAGGCUCUUUUUGGGGUCUUAGAGAAAUGGAAGGCCAAAUUUAUUUUCCCUCCUAAAUUCGAAAAUUCCCCAACCUCCGUUCCUCUCCAAGUUUUAAGGUUUCAAUUCUUGCCGGACGAAGAGUGGAUCAAAGAUGAGCUUCUCCCCGUUGCCUCGAAGCUCCAAACCCAGGAGGCAAUCCCCCUUCCUCCGCGAUCUCGCCUCCCCGAUCUCCGCCCACCGUGGCGGCCGCGUCGCCACCCCGGGCCAGGCCGUUGCAGUCUCGGCCCUCUGGCUGGAGUUCUUCUCCUCGUCGGACUGCCCUCCACCCCCUGUCUUCACCCUCGACGACCGCGCCGACUUCUCGCCCGAGCCCGCCCUCGCCAGCAUCCCGGUCCGGCACGAGGAGCCGGACCCCACCCCUCUGCCCCGGGGCGGCAGCGGCUCCUUUUCCCGCUCCCCAUCGCUCUCCUUUCCCUCGGGUUUGAGAAUUAGGGCAGAGGUGAAUGAUUCUGAGGGGAAGAAGGCGGCGCCGCAGAGCCCCGAGAGCUCGAGCUGGAUCUACGGGCCGAGGGUAGGAGGUGGAGAGCAAGGCGAGACGGGGACGCGUUCGCCAGUUACUGGAGUGGUCGAGCCAGGAGCGUUGCUCAUGCUUCUGCCACCGAGGGAGGUAGCGAGGCCGGAGGUUCAGAAGAGUAGCGGCGUGCCCAAUGGAGGGCUUAACGAGGAGUGGGUCACUGUUUUUGG